AUGGCUACCCAAACAAAACAAGUAUUUUAUGUGACUAACCCUUUUGACAAAAGAUGGUUAAUAGUUCUCCAAGGAAAACAUGUUUCUAAUAGUGAUGAAAAUCAUUAUUUAAGUUUUGAUAUUUCUUCAACUCCUUUUUACGCAACACAAAUGCCUGAUUCAUAUGAAGAAGUUGAUAGAGAUGAUGUGCAUGCUAUUGGUAAUGAUCAUGAAGAAGGUUGUUGGGUUUGUGUUGUUGAUGUUCUUAGGUCAAUCUGGACAUGGGAAGAGUUCAAGGAAGCUGUAGCAAGUUAUGCUGUUCACAAUGGUAGGGAUUUAAGAUACCUGAAGAAUGAUAAGACUAGAGUCAGAGUGGGUUGCAAGGAAGGUUGUGGAUGGGUGGCUUUGUGUUCUAAAUUGCCACAUGAGGAUACUUGGCAGUUAAGAACAUUAAAUGAUAAUCACACUUGUAGUAGAGAGUAUAAUGUUAGGAUGUUUAAUACAAACUGGCUAGGGAAGAAGUUGUAUUCAACAGUUAGAAUUAACCCCAGUGUCAAACUGACUGCUAUUUGUGACAAAGUACAUGAAAAAUGGAAUGCUGGAAUGAAUAGGAUGAAAGCUUACAGGGCAAGAAAGGCAGCAUUAGAUAUGGUUGAAGGGUCUUUCAAGGAACAAUAUAGAAGACUUUAUGACUAUACACAUGAGCUACUAAGAUCUAACCCAAACAGCACCAUUAAGAUCAAUGUCCAAGCAACUGAUGUGAAUCCUACUGAAUUUGAACAACAACCAGAAGAUUAUGUUAGCAGGCCAUUACUACCAAGCUUCCAUAGACUUUAUAUGUGCCUUGAAGCUUGCAAGAAAAGUUUCCAAGUUUGUAGACCAAUAAUAGGAAUAGAUGGAUGUUUUCUCAAGGGCAACUAUGGUGGGCAGAUUCUUGCAGCAGUUGGGAGAGACCCCAAUGAUCAAAUGUUGCCCAUUGCAAUGGCUGUAGUUGAAGCUGAGACAAAAGAUUCUUGGGCAUGGUUUUUUGACCUGCUAGUUAGAGACUUGGGAGGACCAGAAGUAUGUAAGAAAUUCACUUUCAUUUCAGAUCAGCAGAAGGGACUGUUACCUGCAAUAGAGGAGUUAUUGCCUGGAGUUGACCAGAGAUUCUGUGUUAGACAUCUAUAUAGCAACUUUAGAAAAAGGUUUCCAGGCAAGCAAUUGAAGGAAUUAAUGUGGAGGGCAGCAAAGGCAACCUAUCCCCAAGCAUGGGAAAGGGAAAUGAGGGAGAUGAGAAAGGUUAAUGAGGAAGCAUACAAGCAUUUGUUGAAGAUUCCUCCUAGAUUUUGGAGUAAAUCACAAUUCAAAUAUGCAACAAAAAGUGAUGUUUUGGUUAACAAUAUGUCUGAAACUUUUAAUAGUGUUAUUAUUGGACCAAGACAAAAGCCAAUUGUAACAAUGAUGGAGGAGAUCAGAGGGUACCUCAUGGAUAGAUGGGCAACUAAUAGAGCCAAAAUUGAAGAGUAUGAUGAGUCUGUACUACCAAGAAUUAAGAAAGUUCUAGAAAGAAGGCAGGAAUUCUCAAGGUUUUUUAUAGCAAGGUUAUCAGGCAACAUGAUUUAUGAAGUGAGGCAUACUAGUGUGACUGGGGAAAAAUUCACAGUUGACCUCAAUAAGUUUGAGUGCUCUUGUAGGAGUUGGAUGCUGACUGGGAUUCCAUGCCACCAUGCAUUGUCUUGUAUCCUCAAUAGAUCUGAAGAUCCUACUGAGUACAUUCCUUCCUGGUUUAGGAAGGAGACAUACCAAGCUUGCUAUGCACCUCUGAUAUAUCCAACAAAUGGGGAGAACUUGUGGGAAUUGACACCAUAUCCUGACAUUCUUCCUCCCCCAUCUAGAAGGGCACCUGGGAGGCCAAAAAAGAGAAGAAAUAGAGAUGCUGAUGAAAAGAGGAAGGAUAGUACUACUGUUUCCAGAAAGGGCUUGCCAAAUAAAUGCUCAGCAUGUGGUCUAUCUGGACAUAACAAAUCAUCAUGUCCAUCUGCACCAAGACAGUCCAGCAAUGCAACCACUGCACAAUCUCAAAGUACCACCACUGUCCCCACCCAAACUCCCACAACUGCCCAAUCUCAAACACCCACAACUGCCCAAUCUCAAAGUACCACCACUGUCCCCACCCAAACUCCCACAACUGCCCAGUCUCAACCUACAAAUAGAGUUCAAAAAAAGCAGUCUCAAAAUGUUACCAUCCAAAGCCAACCAACAAGUAGAGUUCAAACAAGGCAAUCAGCAGUGACCCAAAAACAAGGAGUUCAAACACGCCACUCAAUCACAGUUGCUCAACUACUUGCCAUGAGGAGGGCUAGACAAGGACAAGGACCAACAGCAGCAUUUCAGCCACCAACAAGUCAGAGACCCAAGAUGCCUUAUAAAAGAAAAUCCAAAUAGGAUGUAACCUUGUUUGGUGCUUUUAGGGAUCUAAUGUUUUGAUUAUUUUGGGAUCUAAUGUUUUGACUGGUUUUUCUGUUAUGAAGUGUUUAAUACCAGCUAUCUAGUUAAGUACUAUCCUAUCUACUAUGUAACCUUGAUGUAAACUGGUUGAAUUUCUUUUUGGGAUCUAGUUAAGUACUCAGCUAUCUACUAUGUAAUUCUGUUAUGAAGUGUUUAAUACCAACUGACAAUGUUUUGGUUGAUUGAAUAUGCAAUGUUUUGGUUAUUUAUUGAUUUACUAUCUA